CCGGAAGGUAUGCGGGGUUCGUUAUGGAAUACAUGCAGAUCUUAUUCGACCAGCACCAUCUCGGUCUAAAGCGUUGCCACUAACAAUCCCAUCGUUGACCCCACUUGGAUUGAACACCAGAGGGCCUGCAUUACCGCCUGCAUAUGAGUCCUCUGUAGCAUGCAUUGGCUUCUACAUGAGCGCCGCUCUGCAACGUGACCGGCUUGCUUCUUAUUCAUCUGUCUACUAAGCUCGCCAACGCGCACUACAGGCGGUCGAAUUAUGGACGCCCUUCCUCUCGCUCGUGUCUUUGAUACAUGGAUUCGAUUGUGCCCUGCUUUGGGACUCGGUCAAAAAGGAACGACUGCCGAGGACUCCUUUGCACACGCGAAAGCCUCGCCCAGAUUGCGCGGGCUCAGACUGUCUCAAGCACGAAGAACAUAAUGACGACUCCAACCUUCUCUGCGACUGGUGCAACGGUCACCAUUGCGUCUCCGACCACGACGGUCACCGUGAACGCGGGUUCAACUACAACCACGAUCACAGUUGCGCCCGCUACAAACGAUGGAGCGACGCGGAUACAACGUCCCGUGUCCCCGCCGUCGGCGUCUGGCGCUGGCUGGUACAAACGUCUUCGCCGCCUCCGACGGCUUAUUCCCAAUCGUCGCUCCCUCGACCACUUGAAGUCGCAGAAUGUCGCUGGUAACAACCUAUCAGCCGCUCUUCCGGCAGUCGCUAAUUAUGCGCCAGAGCCGCAGCCUACGCCGAAGCUUAGGCCGGCGCCGGCGCCGCUGCCUCAGCCUGCGUUGCAGCACCCUCCUGUGCCGGAGCGCACGUCUUUUCCGAAGUCGACCCCCGCCCCGCCACCUUCUGACACUUCAUCCAACAAGACAGCGGGCUACCCCACGCUCAGUGUACCUACGUCGAUCUCUGGGAAGAGUCCCGAUCUAUCCACGCACGUCUACUCGACGGCGCAGGUGCAGCCGUCGAUCAUCGCAUCACCUUUACCGCCUGACGCGCUUAUGGUCGAACUCUGGGACGAAGCGAUUGCGCAUUACGAAGGGCAGACUGGGCACAGUCUUUCGGAUACCGGAUCGCUCAACUCGAAGGAAGCGAUCACAGCGUACAUCGAUGAACAUGCGCCACAGACCGGCGUCAAGGAUGCAGCCGUGAAUCUUCUGCCCAUCGCGAGAAUCGUUGGGAGUCUCUGCGACCCGAUUGGCAACCUUGUAUCGACGGCGUUUCCUGGUGCGGGCGUCGUCUUCUCGGCAAUUGGUAUACUAGUAAAGGCAACAAUAUCCGUCCACGACGAACUAGAGGCGGCUUGUUUGGCAUUCAAAACGAUCGACCUGGAUUUGCGUAUCAUCAAGCCCAUUCCCGCCGCCGAGAUGGACGACACCCUCCGCAAGGUCUCCGUCGAGAUUCUCGCACAGGUUCUCGCUGUCCUCGCACUCAUUACGAAGCUGCGGAAGGAAGCGAAGAUCAAGAUGUGGUUGCGAAAAUUGUAUGAUCCGGACAGCGAGGUGUCUGGCGCGAUGGAGAACCUUCGCGGCCUUACCAAUAUGCACCACCAUAGUAUGGCAGCGCUGACACAUGGUACGACCAGCAAACUGUUGGUCAUGCUUAAGGAUGCGAUCGCCGACGCAGCUCAGGAGCGUGACCAUAUACGCAUGUACCUUGAGUGCAUCACAAAGGUCGCCCAAGAGAUCUACGGUAUGGUCGGAGACAACCGGGGAUUGCUGGAGAGCAUACAAGACGCGCUGCUGCAGCAUAUGACUGUCGUGACUCGUUCAAUCGACCGAUUCGCGAGCGGGGACGUCGACGUCGUCAUAAAGUGGCUCAAUUACCCGAAUUCGUCGAGUAAGCUGAACGCGCUCCUCGGGAAUCGCCAUCCGACGACUGGCUCCUGGUUCUUGGAUGGUCCCAAAUUCGCCGCUCUCAAGGCGGGGUCGUGCAAGUCUCUUCUUGUCCACGGAAAGGCUUUCUGCGGGAAGAGUACACUGAUGGCUGCUGCUAAUCGCGACUUGAGGGCGAGCUGCUUGUGCACCGGUGUGGACGCUGUUGUGCUCGUCCAUCUUUUCGACGUCGUCAACGUGAUGCAACAAGAACGAAAUCUGGCCUCUCUUCUCUCGUCGCUGCUCUGCCAACUCGCUCUCGCGAAUCAGGAUGCCCUCAAGGAAUUGUUGCGAUUCCGGUCAGCCCAUGCGAAAGGUUAUUCGCAGGCCCCUGUCGACAGCAUGCGCUCUUACUUUCGUACGAUCUUGGGGAAAAUCAUGCCGAAGACGCGGGUAUACAUCGUCGUCGACGGCGUGGACCAGGCAGCGUCAGACGUUAUCUCCUUCAUCGAAGAGCUAUGCGCCAUUCCGAACGUCUCUCUCUUAAUCUCCUUGCGCUCGCAAACCCCAAUCCACAGAACGCUGGAACAUCUGUUCCCUUCUCCUGCCCAGAUCAUCAUGAGCAGCAGCCAAGUGAGCCGUGAUAUCGAGACGUUGCUGAACUCCAAAUUCGCUGCCGGGGGCGCGCUUGCCAGUGCGAGUGGAGACGAUGAACAGCAGAUAAGGAAGGAAGUGUUGUCCAAGGCUGAUGGAAAUUUCCUGUGGACAGUGCUGUUUCUACGAGAUCUGGAGAGCGUUGUCGAUGUCCCGAGCCUGCUAUCCGGGCGGAUCAAGGCAGUCCCGGAGACGGUUGACCAACUCUAUACGGAGCGUCUUGAAUCCUUCCCAUCCGUCGACCGCGAAAAUGUCCGCCGUCUCCUGAUGUGGGUGGUCCUCUCAUACAGCGACUUCUCCACGGAAGAAUUCGCGCGGCUGUUAUGCUUCGACUACUCUGGCGCGAGGCCGGAGUAUCGCUUCAAACCCAACUCUCCGGAGACGGCAGUGACUCUCGUCGGUUCGACGCUCAUGAUGAUCCCUUCCACAUCGAACCUGACCAGUCCUACUACGUGAUGGCGCUCGCAGCUCUCACGUAUGUGAGGGCAGAAGCUCCCGACCUCAAAAGUGC